AUGGCUGCUUUACAAUGGUCAUAUUAUUUUUAUCAUGAUAUUCCAUAUUUAUUUAAAACAGAUGAUGAUUUAAUUGUUGAUACAAUUUUAAUAUCAUCUAUUGUUAAAUUACUUUUAACAAAUACUUCAAAUGAUAAUUCUUUUAUUACAAAACAUCGUCCAACACUUCUAUCAAAUAUAAUAUUAUCUGAUCGAAUAAGAUUUUUUCGUGGUGGUUGGGCUAUGGAUUAUCAACCAACAUUACGUGGUGGUGGAAAAUUUGGUGUUAGUGAAAAAGUUUGGCCACAUCCUGUACUUCCAGCAUAUUGUUCUGGUUUUGGUUGGUUUAUGUCAAAAUAUAUUCGUGAUCAACUUGUAAAUGUAUCAUAUACAUAUCCAUUACAUAAAACAGCUUGGAUAGGUGAUGUAUUUAUAUCAGGAUUUUUAGCUAAAGAAGCAAAUGUAAAAUGUACAGGUAUUGCAAUUGAUUUUGAUCAAACACCAUCAGCUAAUUGUUCAUGUUUAAUGGUUAAUAAUCCAAUGUUAACUGUAUGUUCAUCAUCAUUUCAUCUUGGUGGUGGUGGUACAGAAAUGGAAAGAUAUAUGGAAUAUCGAAAAGCUUGGAAUGUUAUUCAAUUACGACAUAAUUUUACUCAUAAGAAAAUUGAUGUUUGUUAA